AUUUUGCCAACUAAAAGCGCUGCCUGUCUUGAAAAUAUUUGAAAAGAAAGCCCCUAACUCUAAAUGCAUCGUGGGGGUUCAGCUCGGACGUGGAUAAAUAAAAUUCACGGUGGACGAAAUCCAUAACGUCGGACCUCAGACUCGUGGAGCGGAUGUCAUCGGAUCCAAGAUCCCUGCCUAACAAACACGGCAAGCGACACGGGGACGCGGUUUGCCUUUCGAUCGAAUUAUAUAUCAAUUCUUGGUUCUUCAAACCGGUGCCCCGACGACGCAGGAACUCAAGACUCAACUCCGACUGCGCCGGAAUUCCGACGGGGUCGGACCAGAAAGCAUGGAAGAAUCCGCGAACUCUUCUGGCUCCAGCGACUUGGAGAAGGAGGAGGUAUGGGACCGAAUGCUGACUCGGUUGGCUCUCACAGAUUAUCCCAAACUGGAAACCGUGCUCCCCAAGAUACUUCCAUAUUCCAUUUCUAGUCUUUCCUCCGGUUCGCACGCGAUCAGAAAGAAGGUCAUGGAGAUUUUGACUCAUUUAAACAAGCGAGUGAAACAUCAAAAGUCAAUUAGAUUACCAGUGAUGGAGCUGUGGAAGGAAUACGUGGAAGUUGGUGCUUCUCUUAUAGUCAGGAACUUCUGUAUGAUAUAUAUUGAGAUGGCCUUUGAUCGCUUGACUGCAGAGGAGAAAGCAGAUAUGGCUCCAAUGUUGAUUGCUAAUAUUUCCAAGUUUCCUUUGCAACAUCAAGAUAUAUUACUGAGAAUAGUUAUGAAGGUACAGUUGCAGGUGGAAGUACUCCUCCAGAAUCAAGGAUUCAUCCUGUGAACCCCGCAUUCAGACUUCGACUGUUGUCCAUCUUCUGCUGCUCCAUCACUGCUGCAAACACUUUUCCUUUGACGCUGCAGUGCAUCUUCAACUGUAUUUUUGGAAGUGACUCUACUUCAAAGUUGAAACAAUUGGGCAUGGAGUUUACUGUUUGGGUUUUCAAACAUGUUUGAAAGUUUUCAUGGAGAAAUAUGUGCACUUGGGUAUGUUGUUGCUCAAUGUAGAGCUGGAAGACCAGAUGUAAGUAUGCAAAUAUGAUCACUGUUAUAUCUACGGUUUGUCUUUCUCACUUCUUAAAUUGCAUUUCUUUUUCUCACCCCAUCAAGAUAUAAGGUUGAUGCUCUUGGAAAAAUUCAGAUUACUUUUUAAGGACUAAGGAUUAUGUGGCUAGUAGAUGACAUCUGGUCCAUUUACAUUUUCUUUUUGGUUGAACUAAACACUUUUCGUCUCAUGAAAACAUUGAUCAACAGAUAAUCCAGCCAUUGAAAAAAAAAAAGUCCAAUAACUCAGAGCUACUCAACCUGUACAAAUAAGCAAGUCCAUAUGAAUUAGGAAAUGUGAAAACAGAGUUGCAGACAGCAAAUCCAAAAGAUUACCUCUCGAUUAUAGACUUGGGCGGGGAACCAGAACUUCCCAUUUUCAAGAGACAGAUACCACGACUUAAUCGAGUCGACCCGGCAAGGAAUUCUUCAGUCUGCCACUGCCACCAUCAAUCUUUGAUCUGAGCCAUGAUAAAGGCCAAAGACAGGAAAGACUGCCCAUUCAUCCCUCUGACCUCCCAUCGUCCAGAACACCCAAACUCUUCCUGGCUGUGACAUAGUACUGCUAUUCCCUGAAGGCAGCUUCUCCGAUCAGGGAGUGGUAGCAACGUGAUUGCACUGUAAGGUUUUGUUCUUUCCUAGUUCAAGUAAAAUGUCUUUUCCCAACUAGCUUUUUCUUUUUCUUUUGACCUGAGAUCAUUCUUUGUCCCUCCCUUUAAGUAAAUUUAGCUUACUUCCACCACCAUCGUUGCUAAUGAGCUAAAGUAGGGAAAAAAAAAGAAGAAGCCUUUAAAAAGUCGCUGAAAAUUUAAAGAAGGGUCUUCCCCAACUACCGGUAUGCAAGCUCGUCAGUUUAUUUGAAUCGGAUAUUUGACGGAACCGAUCCAAAUAAACUAACGUGUAUAUUUAAGCAAGCAUGCAGGGGAUUCAAUUAUUCUUGGGUGUCUAUAAAGUUUCCCCGUUUGUUCGGUUGCUU